GUGUCAGAUUUCACAGCGAAUUCUCUCUCUCCCUCCCUCUCUCUCUCCCUCCCUCUCUCUCUAUCACUCUAUCACACACACACACACUGCUUUCUCUAGAGGAACUUCACGCCCACUUGCCAGAGUCAUAGGGGUGUGAUUCGGAACAACUGGAAUCUAUGGUAGACCGACCAAUAUUGGAUUGCUUCGAGAGAGAGAGUGAGAGGGAGGGAGACGGGGAGACAGAGAGAGGGGGGGAGACAGAGAGAGGGGGGGAGACAGAGAGAGGGAGACAGAGAGAGGGAGACAGAGAGAGGAGCAACAAUUCCGGAGAGCACAGCAAACCGAACACUUGCAGGACAAGCCAUAAUGAAAGAAGUACCACCUUCCACGACCCAGUGACAGGGGUGGUUCCCAUUGAGAACUGCAUCUUCAAACUGGAAGACAAACCCGUGUCGAAGAUGUCGACUCGGACGGAGGUCCGUGGCGAAGGAGGCGGAGAGGGACAUCGGCCAGUCAGCAUCGCCAGUGAGGUCUCCAAUCACACUCUGGUCUCGGAGAACCAGGAACAGCCACGAAGGACUUCUCGGCUGUCGAAGAAGAGCGCCUCCUUUGGCAAGAGGUCGAACUCCAUGAAGAGGAACCCAAAGGCGAACGUUCUGAAGCGUGGUUGGUUGUUCAAGCAGGCAAGCUCGGGCGUGAAGUCGUGGAACAAACGGUGGUUUGUGUUAGCGGACCGCUGCCUCUUCUACUACCGAGAUGAGAAAGAGGAGGCGGUCCUGGCGAGUAUCCCGCUGUUUAGCUUCCGAAUCAGCCCGGUUCAGCCCGCGGAUAACAUCGCCCGCAAGCUGGCCUUCAAGCUGAUUGUAACCAGGCAGGUGGAGGGUAUUCACAGUAAUGACCAUUGCGUUCGUUACCAGGCCGAGCACACAGGUAUCAGGACCUACUACCUGAGCGCAGAGAACAAGGGCGAGAUGGAAGACUGGAUCAACGCCAUGAACGAGGCAGCGAGCAUCCAGACCGUGCCCCUGACCAGGACGGGGGUGAGUUUUCAGCACCAGCCUCGCGCAGAGUCGAACCACACCAGUUCGAACCACAAACGACUGAUUAAACCCGACAUGGAGAAGAAGGGGGGCGAGGCGGACGGGUUUGAGAGGUACCACAGGCAGAGCGAGGGCAAGGACUCGGGCAAGGAAGCGGCAGCCAGGGUGAAUGGUCUGGCCGCUCCUCAAGGCCCCUUUGACGGCAGCAGCCCCGGCGCUGAGCGGAGAACCCACCCGGGCUACGAGAGGCCGCAGCUGCAGCAGCCCAAUGGCCACGGCUGGCAACAGGCCUCGCCCGGCAACACUGUUCACCGCCGCGGCUUCGUGCCGCGCACCAGCACCGAGAAACUGGCACAGCGGCUAUCCUCGCUCACUCAGCUGCAGCAGUGGGUCAACAUACGGAGGUCUGCCCUGCCCACGGAUGACCCACGGAGUUCACAGGUGUACCACACACCAACCAGAGAGGUGCCGGAGUACUACAACCUGCUUUCACCGUAUUACCAAGAGGAGUACCCGCAGUUUGUGCCGGCUGGCGGGCGGCCUGACAGCAUCUGCUCCGUGCCUUCGUACAACCGGCUGACGGCGCGGUGGUCCAUCGACGAGCGGCAGCCCCCUUACCCGCUGAGGGACUGGCAGGGCCAGCAGCCGCCCUACAGCGGGCAGGGCUCCCCGGUGUGGCACGGCGUGCCGGCCCCUUACCCGCAGGAGGUGGACAGCGUGGGCAGCACCAUGCGGCGGCUCUCCCUCCAGCCCCGCUCGCGGUCCGUGCCGCGCUCGCCGUCCCAGGUCCCGCUGGCGGUCAACCACGUCUACUCCCCGGCCCGUUCGCCCGGCGGCCCCUUCCAGCCGGCACGGACCCAGCCCGACGAGAAUCUCGCCGACCCCGGCUACACGCUGCGCCGCUCCCGCAGCGCCAAGUACGAGUACACGGGAGAGAGAAGACCUGCGGCCACACACCCCUACCACUUCACCGUCUCCCGAUCCGUGCAAGACAGAAUGGAUGAAAUUCUAGACCUGCAGUUGCAGAGGAAGCUAGAGUUUUUGGAUCAACAGGUUCCAUAUCAGGACAGGUACCAGGACGGCCUGCAUCAUUACAAGGUCGAUGAGCUGGAGAUUGAUAAGUUGCUGGGUCGAUUUUGCGAGCAGACCAAGAACCAGCGAGACCAGGAGAAGUGGGUCCUCCAACUCCGCAAGGAGAAGGAAUCUCUGGAAAGUGCCUUGGAAACCACCCACCGGGAGAUGGCGAUGUAUCGCAACCAACCCGGCUACACCGAGCAACUGGUGCAGAAGAAGGAGACGUUACAGAACCAGUUGGUCAACAUCCGCGGGGAGCUCUCGCAAGCCACCACGGCCUUUGCAAACACAAAAAUGGAGUGCGAUGCCCUCAAGAUGGAGUUGUCCAUCAUUCACAAUGACUUGUGGGAACAGCUGAACAAUCCCGCGGGAAUGCAGGUGGAGCUGGGGUACAAGAACAUCCAGAAGGAACUGUGGAAGAUCCAGGAUGUGAUGGAGGGCCUGAGGAAGACCUAUCCGGAACGGGUUACGGCCGACACUCUCAAACAGAAUGUGCCGAAUGCCCAGGUGGGCACUUCCAGCCCCAACAGCCCCGCCAGCCCCCUGAGUUCCAACAGCGUCACCAGCCCCUUGAGCCCCUUCUCGCCCGACUCCGAAUUGCAAAUGGCCGCCCAGCAACCAGUCAAUGAGGAGAUGCGGCCGCCUCGACCUCCCCUGCCGCAGUCCUACCUCCAGCAAGGCCCGCUGCCCGCUGUCCCUCCUCUGCCCACUGACAGCAGCCUCUGGGCCCACUCUGUCGACGACUCCUGGGAUCAGGCGGACAGAGGGAUGACCACCGCCGUGGACACGAGGAGGAGUGACAGAGCCAGUGCAAAGCCGGGAUUUGACGUUUCCAGGAAGGAAAACCGGCCGGUGUUGCAAUCCGAAGGCAGCUCCGGACAGAGCAAGCCGGACACUGAGGUGGAGAAGCAGAACAAAGUAGGUGUGGUGCCACCGAGAACAAAGUCCCCGCCAGAGGAAUCAUCUCCCUCUCCGUCCAGCCAGGCAGCCCGGACCGGCGAUAAAACUAACGGUGACCUGCUGGCACGGGAGUGGGCAAGGGUCAGCCUGCCCUCCGGCGAGGCCAAGUCCAAGAUGAGCGUGGAGGAGCAGGCGGAGCGCAUGAAGCGCCACCAGAACGGCUCGCUACGGGGUCACCACAAACGCCGCAGCCUCACCCUGACCUCCGGCCAGCUCCUCAACAUGGACGGCAGCAGCCCCAGGCCCAUCGGCCGCAGAGUGACGGUUCCGCGCCGCAAGACCACGGAGAUCGACAUCUCGCAGCUGGAGGCCGCGGUCAGGGGCGACUUCACGGGCAACUAUCACGAGACGCCCAGGGACGAGAUCGCACGGCUCCGGAGGAUGGACAUGGAGCCAGAGCACUAUUCAGUGGACAUCACCAAGGAGUUGACCACACCAGACAAAGUCUUCAUUCCCGAACGUUACAUUGAGUUUGAGCCGGAGCUUCCACUGAGCCCUGAGGAGAUGAAGGAGAAGCAGAAGAAAGUGGAGAGGAUCAAAACGCUCAUCGCAAAAUCCAGUUUGCAGAACAUUCUGCCCUUGAUGGAGGGUCUGAGCGACACCAACAUGGACCCCGAGCUUCAGCUCCAUGAGCAGGAGAAGAGGAUUGAGAUCUCCUGUGCCCUCGCCACCGAGGCAUCACGACGCAGCCGACUCAUCUCAGUUCCAGUAUUGGAUGCAUCCAGUCCAUCAACACCUCCAUCUUCACCCCUCCCAUCAACACCACCACCGGUCACUGUCGGAAGCCAUUUAAUGUGUGUCUGAAGAACUCAAGCUCUUGCUGCCAUCAAGUGUCACGGGUCAACGUACUGAAGGCAGGCCCUGUGGGUAACGACGCUACAGUCGGGCGGGAGUUGACGGGACGGCGAGUCUGAUGGUGGAGUGGCCGAGAGAGCCAGGAGUGACCAGGCCCGAGUGGCUCCUCUACAGCAGUAUCCAUCGAAGAGACUCUUAUUUCACUUCUUCGAGCGAUACGUUUUGCCUUUAACUUGACUGACUGAGUUCCCACGAGGAAGGAAAGUCGGCACAGGACUUCGUUUUGUGUUUUACUAAAGAGGGCGGGUGGCGCAGCGGUAGGUAGUGCUGCUGCCUCUCAGCGCCAGAGACCCAGGUCCGAUCCUGUCUGUACGUUCUCCCCGUGACCUGUGUGGGAUUUCCCCGCGGGCUCCAUUUUCCUCCCCCUUUAAGGGCUAAUUGGCUU